CCUAGUUUAAAGUAAAAACCACAAUUCCCCUUCCUUCCCCUAGGGAGGUUAACCAAAAUUCCCCUACGGAGGGAGGAGAGGGAUGAUAAUUUCAUGUUAGGGAUGACGAAUAAAAGGAAAGAGAUGGGAAAUUGAUGAUCCGGCAGGCGCCAAAAGCAGAAAAUCUAAUAUGUCAAACAGGGACGGAUGAAGAAAACAUGAAAAGGAAGACCUUGAGUUUGCAUGGUCCAUUUGUUGGUUAUACACGUGUUCACAUCCAAGAUUGACUAUCUAUGCAUUUUAAUUGUCAAAAGUUCCAAGUCUUACACGAUUGAUGAGUAGUAUAUAAAGCCAUCAAAUCGUGCUGAUUUUCACCACUCACAUCACCAAAAACACUUAAGAUAGUUGGUUGAAAGCAGCAUGCGUGUCUUUUCUACUCACACUUCAAUGAAUCACACAAUUUUUUUUCAGUCUAGAGCUAGUUUGAAAACACCAAAUGAAGGUCUAGCCACUGUUCGUUGUACUAAAGUUGUUCGUAAUGUGAACUUGGAGAAGCUGCGCCACAACUAUCUGUUCCCGGAGAUAGAAGCAAGGGAGCUUGAACAUUUGAACAAAUACCCUGAUGCAAAUAUCAUAAGGCUCGGGAUUGGUGAUACCACAGAGCCGAUUCCUGAUAUAAUAACUUCAAACAUGGCUGAGUAUGCACGGGGUCUUUCAACACGCAAAGGAUACAAAGGUUAUGGUGCUGAGCAAGGGAACAAGGACUUAAGGAAGGCAAUAGCAGAAUCAUUUUACAAAGAUUUAGGUGUGAAAGAUGCCGAAGUUUUUGUAUCAGAUGGGGCACAGUGUGAUAUAUCUCGCCUUCAGCUGCUUCUGGGAUCAAGUGUUUCAGUUGCUGUACAAGAUCCAAAUUUCCCGGCUUACAUGGAUACGAGUGUUAUAAUCGGGCAAGCAGGAGACUUUCUAGACGACACACUAAAAUAUAAAAACAUUGAGUACAUGACAUGUGGCCCCCAAAAUAACUUCUUUCCCGACUUGUCAACUACAUCAAGAACCGACAUUAUCUUCUUUUGCUCUCCAAAUAAUCCAACUGGGCAUGCAGCUUCUCGUGAACAGUUGACACAGCUCGUGGAUUUCGCGAGGAAGAAUGGAUCUAUUAUUGUUUAUGAUUCUGCAUAUUCUGUCUAUAUAACAGACGAUAGUCCGAGGUCCAUUUAUGAAAUUCCUGGUUCAAGAGAGUGCGCUAUUGAAAUUUCGUCCUUCUCCAAGAUCGCGGGCUUCACAGGUGUUCGUCUUGGGUGGACGGUGGUCCCUGAUGAGCUGUAUUAUGCUAAUAAAGUUCCUGUCAUAAAUGACUUUGACCGCAUUGUGUGCACUUGCUUUAAUGGUGCUUCCAGGAUCGUUCAAGCUGGCGGGCUAGCAUGUCUCUCCCCAGAUGGCUUCAAGGCAGUGAUGGCCGUGGUCGAUUACUACAUGGAAAACGCUAAAAUCUUGGUUGACACAUUUACUUCAUUAGGUCUAGUAGUAUAUGGUGGUGUAAAUGCACCGUAUGUAUGGGUACAUUUUCCAGGUUCAAGAUCAUGGGACAUGUUUUCGGAAAUUUUGAAGAAAACCCAUAUAAUUACGGUUCCAGGAAGUGGUUUUGGACCCGGGGGUGAAGGGUUUAUAAGGGUCACUGCCUUCGGCCGGAGAGAACACAUACUAGAAGCUUCCGCUAGGUUGACAAGUGUUCAUCUGUUGUAAAGAUUAUCAAUCAAGUGUACUAAACUAUCAUUCUACAAUAAAUAAAUUAUUUUUAUUUUACAAGAA